UCCGCCCCUUUAACCUUUAGGGUGCACGGGCGCUGUGUCCUUCGCACUCUUUCCCCUUUCCCCCUCCCCUUUCCCCACCCCCUUUCCCCAAGGAGUCCGGGCCGGAAGUGAAGAUGGCGGCGGCAGGGCCUGCUGGCGCGGCUUCGGCGGAGCUGGUGAUCGGCUGGUGCAUAUUCGGCCUCUUACUACUGGCUAUUUUGGCAUUCUGUUGGAUAUAUGUUCGUAAAUACCAAAGUCAGCGGGAAAGUGAAGUUGUCUCCACCAUAACAGCAAUUUUUUCUCUGGCGAUUGCACUUAUCACAUCAGCACUUCUACCAGUGGAUAUAUUUUUGGUUUCUUACAUGAAAAAUCAAAAUGGUACAUUUAAGGACUGGGCCAAUGCUAAUGUCAGCAGACAGAUCGAGGACACUGUGUUAUAUGGUUACUACACCUUAUAUUCUGUUAUAUUAUUCUGUGUGUUUUUCUGGAUCCCUUUUGUCUACUUCUACUAUGAAGAAAAGGAUGAUGAUGAUACUAGUAAAUGUACUCAAAUUAAAACAGCAUUCAAGUAUACUUUGGGAUUUGCUGUAAUUUGUGCACUUCUUCUUUUAGUUGGUGCUUUUGUUCCUCUGAAUGUUCCUAAUAAUAAAAAUUCUACAGAGUGGGAAAAAGUGAAAUUCCUGUUUGAAGAACUUGGAAGUAGUCAUGGUUUAGCUGCAUUGUCAUUUUCUAUUAGUUCUCUGACCUUGAUUGGAAUGUUGGCAGCUAUAACUUACACAGCCUAUGGCAUGUCUGCAUUACCUUUAAAUCUAAUAAAAGGCACCAGAAGUGCUGCUUAUGAACGUUUAGAAAACACUGAAGACAUUGAGGAAGUGGAGCAGCACAUUCAAACGAUUAAAUCAAAAAGCAAAGAUGGUCGACCUUUGCCAGCAAGGGAUAAACGUGCCUUAAAACAAUUUGAAGAAAGGUUACGAACACUUAGGAAAAGAGAGAGGCACUUAGAAUUCAUUGAAAACAGCUGGUGGACAAAAUUUUGUGGUGCUCUGCGUCCCCUGAAGAUCGUUUGGGGAAUAUUUUUCAUCUUAGUUGCUUUGCUGUUUAUAAUUUCUCUCUUCCUGUCAAAUUUGGAUAAAGCCCUUCAUUCAGCUGGAAUAGAUUCUGGUUUUAUAAUUUUUGGAGCUAACCUGAGUAAUCCACUGAAUAUGCUUUUGCCUGUACUACAAACAGUAUUUCCUCUUGAUUAUGUUCUUAUAACAAUUAUUAUUAUGUACUUUAUUUUUACUUCAAUGGCGGGAAUUCGAAAUAUUGGCAUAUGGUUCUUUUGGGUUAGACUGUAUAAAAUUAGAAGAGGUAGAACCAGGCCCCAGGCACUCUUAUUUCUUUGCAUGAUACUUCUGCUUAUUGUCCUUCACACUAGCUACAUGAUUUAUAGUCUUGCUCCCCAAUAUGUCAUGUAUGGAAGCCAAAAUUACUUAAUAGAGAGCAAUAUAACUUAUGAUGACCAUAAAAACAAUUCAGCCUUCCCUGUGCCAAAGAGAUGUGAUGCCGAUGCCCCUGAAGAUCAGUGUACUGUUACCCGGACAUACCUGUUCCUUCACAAGUUCUGGUUCUUUAGUGCUGCGUACUAUUUUGGUAACUGGGCCUUUCUUGGGGUAUUCUUGAUUGGAUUAAUUGUUUCCUGUUGUAAAGGGAAGAAAUCAGUCAUUGAAGGAGUAGAUGAAGAUGAUUCGGACAUAAGUGAUGAUGAGCCCUCUGUCUAUUCUGUUUGACAGCUUCUGUCUUAGGGGUUUUAUAAGGCUGACUGAAUGUCUAUUAUGCAUUUUUAAAGUGUUAAACUAACAUUAGGAUGAACUGACUAGCUUUCAUCAAAAAUGGGAGCAUGGCUAUUAAAAAAACUAUAUUUUUUAUGUUAUCUGAAGUAACAUUGUAUCAUAGAUUAACAUUUAAAAUUGCUAUAAUAAUUCUAUGUAAAUAUAAAACUGUGGACUUGGUGAGGGAAUGUUUGUGGAAAUUUUUUUUCUCUAGUGUAUAAUACUGUUGAAUUGAUUAAAAAUCUUCCAGAAUUAAUAUUCCCUUUUGUCACUUUUUAAAAGCGUAAUAAAUCACUUGUAUCUGUGCCUUUGGGUCUCUAGAGUAAUGUGGAAUUCUAAAGUUCUAUAACUGAUUGUCUAAAUAUAAUACAAUAUAGCUGAUAAAUAAAUGUUACUCCUCUAUGCAACUUGUUUUCUAUUUUCUACAUUAAAUCAUUAAUGCCAUUCAAAUAUAUUUCAUGAGCAGAUCUCAAGCUACUUGGUGCUGUGAGACCAUGGCAUUCCAAGAUGAAUUGUAUUGUUCAGAUAUUAAUCCUUUAGAUAUCUUACCACCUCUAUAGUAUUUAAGGCAUAUAUAUUGUUGUAGGUAGCUAACGUCAAAAUUUGCCUUCCAACAUGAAUGGGAGUGCUGUCAAGAAUAAAUGAUCUUGGAAAAAAAAUCAGUUUACUGAUUAGUUUAAGAUAUGUGACAUUGGGUUCCCUGGGUGGCUCAGUCAGUUAAGCAUCCAAUUCUUGAUCUCAGCUCAGGUCUUGAUCUUAGGGUCAUGAGUUCAAGCCCCACAUUGGGCUCCUCACCAGGCAUGGAGCCAACUU